AUACUACACAUUCCAUGAUGCCCUGCGGUCUGGGCAGCGCCUGCGUCGAAGUUGGGGGAAGAGCGGUCGGCGGUGACGGCGGGAGGAGUAAAGAUGGCUGCGCGGGGGUCUCCGCCUUCUGCUCCCGGUUGAAUCGCUGGGAGGGCGGCGGCGAUCAGGCUAGCGGCAGCGGCGGCAGCCGGGACCCGGGCCAUGGCGGAGUUGGAGCACCUGGGUGGAAAGCGGGCCGAGUCGGCGCGGGUGCGGCGGGCUGAGCAGCUGCGGCGCUGGCGGGGCUCGCUGACUGAACAGGAGCCGGCGGAGCGGCGGGGCUCCGGGCGGCAGCUGCAGUCGUCCCGCCGUGGGGGGCCUCGGGUCCGCUUUGAGGACGGGGCCGUCUUCCUGGCAGCCUGCUCGAGCGGGGACACCGACGAGGUGAAGAGGCUGCUCGCUAGGGGAGCCGACAUCAACACGGUCAACGUCGACGGGCUGACAGCCCUGCACCAGGCCUGUAUUGAUGAAAACUUGGACAUGGUGAAGUUCCUAGUGGAGAACAGAGCCAAUGUAAACCAGCAGGACAACGAGGGCUGGACUCCUCUUCAUGCAGCAGCUUCCUGUGGCUAUCUUAACAUAGCAGAGUAUUUCAUUAACCAUGGAGCCAGUGUGGCUACAGUGAAUAGUGAAGGUGAAGUCCCCUCCGACCUUGCAGAAGAGGCGGCAAUGAAGGACCUGCUCCUGGAGCAGGUGAAGAAACAAGGGGUUGAUCUGGAGCAGUCAAGAAAAGAAGAGGAGCAGCAGAUGUUGCAGGAUGCUCGUCAGUGGCUCAAUAGCGGAAAAAUUGAAGAUGUGAGACAAGCUCGCUCAGGGGCCACUGCCCUCCAUGUGGCUGCUGCCAAGGGCUACUCUGAAGUUCUCAGGCUUUUGAUUCAGGCUGGCUAUGAACUGAAUGUUCAGGAUUAUGAUGGCUGGACUCCCCUUCAUGCUGCUGCACACUGGGGGGUGAAAGAGGCCUGUUCCAUUCUGGCAGAAGCACUCUGUGACAUGGAUAUCAGGAACAAACUGGGCCAAACACCCUUUGAUGUGGCAGAUGAAGGACUUGUGGAACACUUGGAGAUGCUCCAGAAGAAACAGAAUGUGCUUCGAAGUGAGAAAGAGACAAGAAAUAAACUUAUUGAAGCAGACCUGAAUGGAAAGUUGCAGAGUGGACUCUUUAAAAACAAAGAGAAGAUUCUUUAUGAUGAGGAAACACUGAAGUCUCAGGAAGCAGAGGAAGAGAUUAAGGAUUCUAGCAGCUCUAGCUCAGAAGAAGAAGGUGAAGAGGAAGCUUCUGAGUCAGACACUGAGAAGGAGUCAGAUAAAAAGCUGGAGGCUGUUGUCAACCAUUCUAGUUCUGAAUCAAAGAGCAGCAUCAUGGAGCAGAUACCACCACCAUCUCAGAAUAUCUUCUCUGCUUCUCCUGCCAGAAGGUUCUCCUCUAGUUUCUUCAGUAAGGCAGAGGAACCUAAGGAUGAAUCACCUGCCUCGUGGCGACUUGGACUCCGGAAGACUGGCAGCCACAACAUGCUCAGUGAGGUGGCCAGUCCUCGUGAGGCUUUAAGGGAUCGAGGCUCCUCCAUCUACCGCUCAUCAUCGAGCCCUCGGAUUUCUGCCCUGCUGGACAACAAAGAAAAGGAAAGGGAAAAUAAAAGCUAUUUUUCUUCACUAACACCGCGGAGGCUCAACACUGCAAGUGAUAUUGAAGAAAAGGAAAACAGAGAAUCUGCUGUUAAUCUAGUUCGAAGUGGCUCCUACACUCGGCAGCUUUGGAGGGAUGAAGCAAAGGGAAAUGAACCUUCUCAGACUGGUGCUCCUUCCACCUAUGUAUCAACCUACUUGAAAAGUGCUUCAUUUGGUAGAAGUAGUGACCCCACCAGUCCCUACAUUUCAGCCAAUCGCAAUUCAUCUCCUGCUACCUCACCCACUACCAUUGGUUCAUCUACCUCUCGAGGCAGCCAGUGGCAACCAGCCUCUUCCUGCCCUACACCAAUCAGUGCAAAUACUACUGCAUCUGUUCACCAUGGCAGAACUCCUUACAAGCUCCAUACAGAUCCGGCUGUGGAAAAAGCUGCAGACAAUGUGUCCUCUAGCACCCCACUGUGUGUGAUCACCAAUCGACCCCCGCCUAGCACUGCCAACGGAGUUACAGCUGCCAAUGUGCUCUCAACUACUGGGACAGACUCCUCCACAGAAGCCAGGGAAAGGAGGCGGUCUUAUCUAACACCUGUACGGGACGAGGAAGCAGAGUCCCAGCGGAAAGCCCGUUCUAGACAAGCUCGGCAGACUCGAAGAUCUACACAGGGUGUCACUCUGACUGAUCUUCAGGAAGCAGAGAGAACUUUUAGCCGAUCCCGAGCAGAAAGGCAAUCUCAAGAACAGCUAAGUGAAAAGACUGAAAGUGGUCCUGAGCAUCUUGAAAGUGGCAGUGAAAAACAGGAGCCACCCACAGCACUGACAAAAGAAACUGGGGAAACCCGGCAACGUGGGAGGAGGAACUUGGAUGAAGAGCCUUCUUAUGGACGACUGAGAAACCUAACCCAGCAAGAUAAAUCCACAAUACCAGUUUCUCCUUCUGAAUCAAGAUCUUCCCUUUCUAUUGGAUCCCAUCUCCUCCGGGCAAGUAGGUCCUCUGGCUUAGACUCUGAGAGUUCAGAAACUGCUACAAGCACCACAAAGGAUAUGGAAAAAAAUGAAAGUGAAGAUCCAGAUUUGGAUGACCAAUCCUCCAAUAAGACAUCCAUCCGAGAGAGGCGCCGACCCAAGGAAAGGCGAAGAGGGACAGGCAUAAACUUUUGGACAAAGGAUGGAGAUGAAGCUGAUGGCACAGAAGACUUAAAAGAGUCAUGGCAUGAAAGGCUUUCUAGGUUGGAAUCAGGAAGCAGUAGCCUCACCUCCACUGAUACUUACAGUGACCGAGCUUCAGCCAAGGCCCGAAGGGAAGCCCGAAUAGCUUCUUUGACAAGUCGUGUGGAAGAAGACAGCCAAAGGGAUUAUAAAAGGCUCUAUGAGAGUGCUCUGACAGAAAACCAGAAGCUGAAAACCAAACUUCAGGAGGCCCAGCAGGAACUGGCAGAAGUCAAAUCUAAAUUAGAAAAAGUAGCCCAGAAACAAGAAAAAACCUCUGACCGAUCAACAAUGCUGGAGAUGGAGAAAAGGGAAAGACGAGCCCUGGAGAGGAAAAUGUCAGAAAUGGAGGAGGAGAUGAAGGUUUUGACAGAGCUGAAGUCCGACAACCAGAGGCUGAAAGAUGAAAAUGGUGCCCUCAUCAGAGUUAUCAGCAAGCUGUCCAAAUAGACUAAUUUUUUGGAAGGGAAAGCACUUGCUGUCCCCAGCACCCAUUCCCCUCUGCCUCCUUCCAACCAAAAAGUGUCAGUGUUUGUGACUGAAGGAUCCCUCCCUGCCCCACUACCCCAAGCAUUUCUUUUCCCUGCACAUCCCAGAUCUCAUCUACUCCCAUGUUUUAGGAGAUAUUUCAUGGAAACAUAAUGGUGGCAAUGAGAGAUGGCCAUCGAGGGCAAGGGGCAGUGCCCAGAGCCAAGAAGUGGGUCCCUGGCACUCCUAGUUGCUCUACCACUUUGUUCACAUUAGACUCAGGCCAGAUCUGAAAGGCUCAUACACAGCACCAACACAAUGGUCCAUUGGCCCUGGAUGUUUUGGGGAGAGGACAGUGGACCAGUGUGGAGGCUGCCAUCUGCUGGCCUGGCCCAUGGAUCCCAUGGAGUGCUAUGCCCCCAAGGAGAACUGGACUAUGAUUUAAUCUCCAGACAUCCACCAGGUCAUGUUUUUAUAGAGUUGAGUGACAGUUGUUUCACGGUGAGGCUCUGUUCCCAGCCUCCCAGGAACCAUCUUUUCAUGGUGUACCUACAUGGUUUUUACGUCUGUCUGGUAACAUUGCAGAAAAGCCUCAGCCUCCACUCUGCCUUGUCUGGUCAUCUCCCCAGAGCCCAGGGGGCCUUGCUUUACUUGGUAUUUUCUUCUUCCCCUUUUCCCUUCUCACUUGCCACCUAUCUAGAAUCCAUAUUGCAGCAUCUGAGCUCCAUUGGCCUCAGCUACUUAGAAAAGUAUUUUCUGAAGCUGUCAAGGAAAAAGAAUUACCGUGUCUGCCAGCAGCACCUGUUCCCUGUCCAAGGGUGGCAACAUACCAUGCAAGGCACACACGAGCACCCAACACAUCAGUCUAGAUGCUAUCUAGGCUGUGAAAGCCCCACUCUACUUCCAUUCCAGGGAAGAUAUUUUAGUUUUUUUCUUCUCAGCCUUCCUGUACGUCUCUGGUGGGAAAUGAGCACAAUGCAAGGAGACUCCAGGAGCAGGUUGCAGGUGAAUGGCACAAGACUAAAAGUAACUCAUUGUGCUACCAGAAUGAGGACUAAAGGAACUUAAGAAUUGGAAAGACCUGGUGGUCAGCUCUUAGAGGCAUUUUUCACCUUUAAAAUCAAUGGAAAAGUCACUUAGGAAAGAAACAAGGAAAGAUGGAGUAUCUUCAAACUAAGGGAGUUAUGACAUCGUAAGAGUCUUAGAGCUGAGAAAGGCCAGAGGUCAUUUAGUUCGACCAGCUAAUGCUUCAACAUCCUGGACAGGACAGAUGAUCCAUUAUCCUCUACUUGAACACUUCAGUGACAGGAAGCUCACUCUAAAAAUGUAUGUUCCAUUAUUAGCUAGCUUGAAUUUUUAAGAAGUUCUUCCUAAACCUAACACUAUUUCACUCAUUGAUACUAUAUCUGCCCUCUGGAGCCACACAUUCUGAUGCUUCAUUACAACUAAAUAUUUCAAGACAAUUAUACAAACCCCCUGCAGUGUCUUCUAUCUGCCAAAUAUCCCCAACUCCAACUGUUCCUCAUGACAGUUUCCAGGCUCUCCACUAUCCUGGUCACCAUCUCCUAGGCAUAAUACUCUAGCCCUAGCUGUAGGGUGACUAUUGAAACAUAAGGUAAAACUUACCUCCCUUGAUCAGGACACUGUGUCCUUAUUAAUGUAGCCUGAGAUAGCAUUAGCUUUUCGAGCAGCUGCACUACACUAUUGGCUCAUAUUGAGUUUUCAGGUGACUAAGACCACCCCUGGUCUUCUUCACAGGCAUGACUGGGGGUAAUCUUGGUAUAUAAAAUUCAUUAAGUUUGCAUUGAAGUCCAGUGAUCGGUUUUCACACACACACCACCUCUAUCCAUUGUGAAUCUCUUCUCUUUUCAUGAAAGUAGAGAAAUUCUUCAUUGGUGUCUGAAGCAUCAAGCAAUCAAGGGCAAUCAGGAGUUAACAGGCAAUCAACACUUCAAGGGUUGCAAACUUGUCUUCCUUGCCAAAACUCACUUUUAUAGUCUGCAAAGUGAUUCCUUUUCUAACAACAUGUCACGGGAAGCCAUUCCUCUAUCAUAACUUGGAUGGCCUUUCAGAAUUGUGAAAGUACUCCCUUCAGGGUAAUGAGUGUGAAGAUGACUUGUACUGUAAGCAUUUACCUUAUUCUAAUCAAUGAGACCGUCUAUCACUAUAUAAGACACUGGAGGAUUAUCUAGCCAUAUUUUAGUUAUUUGGGGAAUUCUUCCUAGAAGAAAAAAUCAAAUUCUUCAUCUGACCAUCUCAAUAGAGUGAGGUCAAAAAGGACUGCUUAGAUUUUCUUAUUUUGGGGCAGUCUCCUUCAACUGCCAUUUCCAGAAAUUCUCCCUCUCCUCGUUCUGACUGGAGGCUAUGUCUGAUUCCCUCUUUGACCUUCUGACCCCUAUUUCCAACUUCUAGCCUACUUUGUUGAGGAGAUGCACGAGGGCUUACUUGGUUUCUGAAACCACUGAUGAAUUUUCAACUUUUCAUACAGCUCACUACCAUACCCUGAGUCCCCAGAAUACACAUGCUUACCUAGGCUACAUUGUCCUCCAGGGAGUGAGACAGACUCCAUUGCACCCAGAGCUAGGAAAGAAUCUUCCUUAUUUGAAUGAAAAACUACUGAAAUGAAGGUAAGCGAGGGGGGCUCAUGAAUACCAUACGCUCCACUGCAUUACCUCAGACUAUUGUGAACCCUCUCAGUGACUACCACCACCAUUGUUCCAGAAUUGUGGAGCAGUGCUUCUGGAUCCCAUCACAGUCUCUACUCAGAAGUGGCAGCAUUUCACUCAAGGUCACUUCUUGCUGCAAAUUGGACUUUAAAGGUGAUGCCAAUGUAUCAAAAGGCUCCUUAAGCCAUCCCUUGGCAAGUAAAUGAACAUUUCAGCAAAUGUUAAGUCCAUGCACAAGGGACUGUGCUGAGGGCCAAAUAGACAAAGACAGAAUGAGAGGGCCCCUGGACUAGUACACUGUAGGGAGAGAGCAUUUCUUUGGGUCUUACUAAUUCUUCAUUCCUAAAUUCUACAUCCUCACUAUCUUGCUACAUCUCAGAAUACUGCCUCCCUAAACAUAUUUGCCUACUGACUAGCCCUUAGCUUUGGUCAGCCUCCCAGGUGCAAUUAAAAGGAAACAAAAACUGUGAAGAGGAGCAAGUUGGGAGAUGUCCUGGUUAUUAACCCUGGGGUCUUCCCUUGUCUUACAUCUCUGCUAGGUUAGCUUUAGCAUAAAGGGGAUACCAAGAUUUCAUGAAAUUCUUGGUCCCAACUCCAGCUAGUAAUCCCCAUGCAGGAGCCUUGCAGAAAUGGUCACAUGUUAGCACAGAGAGUCCCUUUGUACCCCUCCCCACCAAAAAAGCAUCAUCAAAAGAAAACCCCAUAGAAGGGGUUAUCCAUUUUGUAACCACCUGUGUGACCUUGGGCAUGUAAUCCUUCUGGACCUGUUCUCUUAUCUGUAAGAUGAGGGAGGCUGACUAGAUGAUCACCAAGAUUCUAUGACAAUUUUUAGAAGAUUCAAGAAUUUUUCCACCCUCAGCAGAACCACUGCUGUUUGUUACUUGGAAAAUUCUAGCACAAGAGCAUCAUUGUUUUCUGAAUGUGAGUUUUCAGCAUUGGUGUCAGGGUCAGCUUGUCAGCCUUGUUGGAAAGUGAUUUUAAUACCAAGGGUGAUGGAAUGGUAUUGCAAUCGCUCUUCCUCCAAAUGGCUCAGUAAGUAUUACAGCCUGCAGAGGUGUGAAUUGAAGCUCAUGGAGAGAUGGGCAGAAAGCAAUUUGUGGCAAGUAGCUUUGGGAGAGAUGGUUUUAAUGGGAAAUGGGGGGAGCGCUUUGUAGGCCUGAUCCAAGGCCUCUUGCUUGGUUUCCACUGUUUUUUUUUUGUUUGUUUGUUUGUUUUGUUUUAAGCCCUUACCUUCCAUCUCAGAAUUAAUACUGAGUAUUGGUUCCAAGGCAGAAGAGUGGUAAGGGCUAGACAAAGGGGCUUAAGUGACUUGCCCAGGGUCACACAGCUAGGAAGUUUCUGAGGCCAGAUUUGAACCCAGAAUCUCCCUUCUCUAGAUCUGGUUCUCUAUCCACUGAGCUACCUAGUUGCCCUUUCCACUGUUCUUAACUCCAGGCCCAUAGUCUAGUUGUAUUCUCCAUGCACCAGCUCUUUCGCAGAUGGACCCAAGUUUUAUAGCAAAAAGAGAACAAUUUCCUUUUGCAGAGACCCCCAAGUUGGGUUUCUUAGAGCUUCUGUAGAGAUAGGACUGUUUGAUAUGAGAAAAGAGGAGCUGAGAUUUUGUUCAAAGCCAUUUCCCAUGAGAGUAAAAGGUUUGUAGAAGGGACCACUUGGUCAGUAAGGAAUUUGCAAACAGGCAGGCUGGGCCCUAUCUGACUGAGCAAAUUGCCCCAUGUGAGUAAGAGAGAGAAAUUGGAGUAGGAUUGCAGGUUGGAGGCCCAGAAUGGGAGGAUGACAUAUAUAAGUGGAAGGAAAAAAGACCUAAACAGUGGGACUGAGUACUAUAGUAAAUAGAGGCUGGGGCUGACAUUGAGGGAGAAAGUGAGACAUAGAAUCUUCAGCCUGCAGUCCAAAAGCAUUGUUUCAGAUUUUAAUCAACAUUCUUAAUGGCUAUUGACCCUCUAGGAGCUUCAGCCCAACGAUGUGGCUGGUAUUGAUCACCUGCACUCUGAUUACUUUGGAAAAACAGACCAACUUCUUCCUGCAGCCAAGGAUGUGUUAGUAUCACAGCUAUCAAUGAAUAAAGCGGUUUACUGCAGAAAAAUUCAGCUAGGAAACCUGUCUGCCCACAUGAGAGGAACUGUUACCCAUCCUCAAGGAGUGGGAGUCAAAGAACGCUCCCUGGGCAUUCUGCAGGUCACUUAGAAUUUAUAGCUCUUCCAUUCUCAAAAAAGAGCUGCAGAUAAAAUCUGGUUGAGGAGACAGAGAUCUUAUUUUUCCAUUGAUAAUUGUUCUGACUUCAUCUAAGAUAUAUGAAUGAUUUUCAGAUUGUUCUUUUAUUCGCAACACAGGGGUUUGGGAAUUGCUAAACUGAUAUCAACACUGCAAAGAUGUGGGACACAAUUGGAAAUACCAUCAUAGGACACCAUUGUCUUCAAUGAUUUCAACAGGUUAUCCCUUCUGAACCUCACCCCUUCAAGGAACUAUCUUGGGACCCUCCCUCCCCACCUCUGAUAAUCUCUUCACCCACUUUGGACCCUGGAAGUGAUGUCAUUUGGAUUAUCUCUUCUCAAAUCUUGAUUCCCCCAUGAAAGCCAUUUUCCUUUUUGCAGUGUCACAUAAGGGUUACAUCAGGAAUCAGGAUACCCUUAUAUCCUUCAGAAAUUACUACCUCUCCUUUUUCUUUCCCACAUUGAUUCCUCCUGUUGCAAGCCUUUUAGAGCGGAUGUUACUUUAGGAAGGAAACUUCCAAGAAUGCCUCUGUGUGGAAGAUGUUUGCUGGGAGGCUUCCCCAGAGAACUCCCUGAGCUUCAGGAGCCCCUGAAGUCCUAACAAGAUAGAUUUAACCUAUAGGGAUUUUGUUCAGAAUAUCCUUCUGUUACAUGUAGGAAGGCACAGGAUUAUGUUCCAGACAGUUUUUCCUGGGAUCAGUGAUGAAUAUGUCCUGGAAGGCCCUUAAUUUCCCUGCCUCUCCUUUAGUGAAGCCAGUGAGGGUUUUCAUUGGUAACCAGCUCUUCAGAAUUCUGGCUGGUGGGGAAAUAAAGAUCAUUCUCCAAUUCAUCAAGGUUUUGUCCUUGGCGACUCAAGUAUUUCUCACUUGGUCACAAACAUAUCUGGAUUUGGUUGACAUUUUCCAAUUCAACUAAUAGAAAUCUUACCGAGGGCUGGACAUGUCUCUUGUCAGUCACUUGGUGAAUAUCUGUUAUAACAAGAGUAUUCCAGGAGCUGUUGUUAGGGGGAGCCUGUUUUUAAUGAAUUUCAAGUAUCAGGGGAGGACUAAGAGGAUCUCUCCGGUUAUCUUGGGAGAGGCUUGGACCAGACUUGGGCUGGAACGGUCUUCCUUACUAAGCCAGACCCCCACUUUUAUUAAGACUUCCUUGUCUCCUCCUCACAAAAUACUAAGCCUGGGAAUAGGAAGGCCAAAUAAGCAUCUAAUGGAGAACAGGAAAGAUCUGAAGCUGCUCUUGAACAGGACACCAAGGGUAAUCGGGGUAGAGAAAUAAGUCUCUGGAAGGUCUAGAGUACUGUCUGAGUCGCCCUAAUCUUCCUUUGCUUGCCAGUAGCUAGUAGCUCUGUCCUUAGCUGGUGGCUGAUUCCCCAGACUGGUUGGAGUGCGCUUUCUUCCCCCCUGCCCAUUUUGCUAUGUGGGGAGAACACAAUCCCAUUCUUCCUGAAUGCUUUAGAGAUGGGCUUUGUGGCUUCUUUCCUUCUUGCCCUACCUAGACUAAAUUGAUGGAGAUGGCCAGAAUCACUUGGACAGCUGCACUGCCUUCCCCCUGGGAGGGUAGCACUCUGUCUUCUGCAUAUUUUCAUCCCUUAACCCUACUUCCACCACUAUUAAAGCACUGGAUAUAACCAUUUUUUUUUUUCAGCUGAAUUGUAUGGACUAACUUCAGUCAACUGUAAAUACACUGGGGGAGGGGGGAGGGAAUGAGUGGGGAUGUGGGACUCUUGUGACCCGAAUGUAUUUUUAUGCAAAUUUGAGUGGCCUUUCAACCCUGAGAUGAAUGAUUUUGUUUUACUGGUUGUCACUAUAUAGUAUUAUUAUUGUGUGUUUGAAAGUUUGAGAUAAUAAUAUUCACAUCUAUAUGAUGCCUGUAAACACAACAGUAUUUAUAAAUGAGUAAAUAAAACUGUGUUUUAACUUUG